GCACCCAGAUUAAAAAAAAAAAAUCCAGCUUUUUUUGUAGACCCUUUUCUUGGAAUAAAGUUUCGGUUGCGAUUCGUGCUAGAUUCUCGGUUUUCUUUCCAGCAAACUAAUUUUCGGGGGACUAAAUUGCAUUUGCCGGUAAAUACGGAAAAAAAAAGAAUCAACGGGUAUAAAAGAAGCUGGCUUUUGUGCAAUAUGUUAACGUGAUAGAGGAAGAAGCUGUACGGCUCUUUGAGAGAGAGAGAGAGAGAGAGAGAGAGAGAGAGAGAGAGGAGACCAACCUCGGAAACAUGGAAGGAAGUGAAUCCAGGAGCCACAAAGUUAAUGCCGAGGAACAGUUCUCCAUUGAAAUCCCUGAAACUGCUCAUCAGAUUAGCAGCGAUUCAUGGUUUCAAGUGGCAUUUGUUCUGACAACCGGAAUAAACAGCGCUUAUGUGUUGGGGUAUUCCGGCACAAUCAUGGUUCCUUUGGGUUGGAUCGGUGGUGUGGUUGGUCUUCUUCUUGCAACUGCAAUAUCUCUCUACGCAAAUUCUCUUAUUGCCAAGCUUCAUGAGCUUGGGGGGAAAAGGCAUAUCCGGUACAGAGAUCUCGCCGGUUUCAUAUACGGUCGAAAGGCUUAUCGUCUUACAUGGGGAUUGCAGUAUGUCAAUCUGUUCAUGAUCAACUGUGGCUACAUCAUACUGGCCGGUUCCGCCUUGAAGGCCGUUUAUGUGCUUUUCAGGGAGGACCAUGCCGUGAAACUGCCUCACUUCAUUGCCAUUGCGGGUCUCAUGUGUGCCCUUUUCGCGAUCGGGAUCCCCCAUUUAUCAGCUCUGGGGAUCUGGCUCGGUGUUUCAACUGUUCUCAGUCUCAUCUAUAUCGUCGUUUCGAUAGUUUUGUCAGUUAGAGACGGAGUAAAAGCACCUGCCAGAGAUUAUAACAUACAGGGCUCGUCGGUGGACAAGAUCUUUACGAUAACAGGAGCAGCCGCCAAUCUGGUUUUUGCAUUCAACACAGGGAUGCUUCCAGAAAUACAAGCGACGGUGAGGCAACCCGUUGUCAAGAACAUGAUGAAAGCUCUCUACUUUCAAUUCACUGCGGGGGUCUUACCGAUGUACGCUGUUACAUUCAUCGGGUAUUGGGCUUACGGCGCAUCCACAUCGACCUAUCUGCUGAACAGCGUCAACGGCCCGACCUGGCUGAAGGUCCUCGCUAAUAUAUCCGCUUUCCUGCAAUCUGUGAUCUCCUUGCACAUUUUCGCUAGCCCGACGUACGAAUACAUGGACACAAAGUACGGGAUCAAAGGAAGCCCGCUGGCAGCGAAGAACCUCGGGUUCAGAAUGCUAGCCCGAGGCGGGUACAUCGCAGUCAGCACUCUCCUCUCGGCCCUUUUGCCGUUCCUCGGGGAUUUCAUGAGCUUGACCGGAGCUCUCAGCACAUUCCCUCUCACGUUCAUCCUGGCCAACCACAUGUACCUUAUGGCUAAGAAGAGCAAGUUGGGUUCGGUGCAGAGGCUAUGGCAUUGGCUCAACGUUUGCUUUUUCGGGUUUAUGUCUGUUGCAGCCGCCAUUGCAGCUCUCAGGCUCAUCGCUGUUGACUCCAAGAACUUCCAUGUUUUUGCAGACGUUUAAGAACUUGCUGUUUUUUUUGUACUUGUGUUAAUCUUCUUUGUCGCCAUUGUAAUUCUCAUUAAGGUUCUUUUUGUUUUUUGUAAGUAGUGUGGCCUAAAUAGUAGAAAGUUUCAUUCCAUUUUCCAUUACAAAACAAUUUCUUUUACCUUUUUAA